AUGCCCGCCGAUGCGAAGCCCCGAGCGCUCCUCCCCGUCCGCCCCAUCCUCCUCCUCUCCGUCUCCUUCCUCUCCCUCCUCCUCAUCUACGCCUACUCCUCCUUCUCGCCCCCUCCCCCAUCCUCCGCCGCCGCCACGCUGGCCCUGGCCGCGGCCGUCCCGCUCCUCCCGCCCUCCCCGCCCAACCCGCACAUCCGCAUGCGCGGCGGCGCCGCCUUCCGCUCCUACGACGACUACCUCCGCCACCAGCUCAACAAGACGCUCGACCCGCGCCUCCGCCGCGUCUGGGCCACCCGCGACUGGCGCCGCAAGGUGGACGCCUUCGCGCGCCUCUUCCGGGCCCUCCGCGCCGACGGCCUCCUCUCCGACGCCUCCCGCGCGCUCUGCGUCGGCGCGCGCCUGGGGCAGGAGGUCGCCGCGCUCCGCCUCGUCGGCGUGCGCGACGCAGUCGGCAUCGACCUCGCCCCGGCGCCGCCGCUCGUCGUCCGCGGCGACUUCCACGCGCAGCCCUUCCCCGACGGCGCCUUCGACUUCGAGUUCUCCAACGUCUUCGACCACGCGCUCUACCCGGACCGCUUCGCCGCCGAGAUCGAGCGCACGCUCCGCCCGGGGGGCGUCGCCGUGCUCCACGUCGCGGUGCACCGCCGCGGGGACAAGUACUCCGCCAACGACCUGCUCGACGUUCACGGCCUGCUCGGCCUCUUCCGACGGUCCGAGGUCGUCAGGGUAUCCAAGGUCGAUGCCUUCGGCCUCGACACCGAGGUCAUCCUCCGCAAGAAGGGGUCGCCCUAGCAACACCGCCAUGCAAUCCGAUCCCAAUUUGCAAAGAAGAAGAAAAUUUGUGUACAAGGGUUUUCUUGCGGGCCAAAUUGCUAUUCGAUUGAUUCUUUGAUGGGCAUGCAUUGCAUCGAUCCAUUGUUCUUGAUCUUUGUAUGUAUCUAGGAAUUACUAUUUACUAGUACAGAACAGGUGAUCCGAGAAUUGUUGGGAGGAAAAGAGGUGGAUUGGAAAAGCAGCAGUGUUUAGGUUUGCAGUUAGUUUUCCAUCUUUUCUUCAUCACUUUGUUCUUCCUGUCUCUUCUCUAUCCUUGUCUUCUCUAACUUUCCGGGAAGAGCAUUCCUUGAUUGGUUGAUUCUUGUUGGAGUGACGGGAGGCACUGAUGGAGCAGCAUAAUUGUGCCCGUGCAGGGUUACAAAAUGAUGGCC